GUCAGUAACGAUGCAAAGGUCCUAGAACGGCUUCUCCGCACCUUUCUCUUCAUUCCCCUCUUUUCAUUUUUCAUCAUUUCUCAGCUUUUUCCUUACCAAAGAAAAUCUAUAAGAAGCAGAGGCAUGGACGAGGGUUUUGGUUGCGUGAAUUGGGAUUAUCUAAAUCUAUUCUCAAAUUCUCAUAUUUCUGAUCUUCAUCCACAUCUCGACGGAUCCUGAGCCUCUUUUCCGUACAGUAAGUGGAAUUUUUGGGUAUGGGAAACUUCAAAGAGAAAAAGUAGAGAAGCUUUUGGUGGAAGUGAAGAGGCUGCUUCCAAGAUUUUGUUUCUUUUAACGAUGGAAAGGGAAGAUAUAAUGGAUCUUGAUUUGAAUUUUGAACCUUUGGACCAACCCCAGUAUUCAUGGCAUGGUGUGGAAUCUAUACUGAAUGAGUUAGAGACCGCCCAAGGUCGUAUCGAAGAACGAAUCAGACAAUUAGAGGCGGUUACCUCGAGAGCUAGGGAACGUCGUAGGCAACAUCAAACCCAUAUUUCACCUUCAACCAUUGAUGUAGCUUCUAUACAACCUGCAUCAGAUGUUGCUCGAAGCAGCACCAUGUUGUAUAGUGUGGAUGAUCCUAGUGUAGUUCAAGAAAGUCCUAUAGAGAGUGUUAAAGGCAACAAAAGGAAUUGUACUGAGUUGAUUGCCAAGGCUCUUGCCACUGACCCGAAUGAGAGCAUUGGGGGACUUCGCAGUGGAGACUUUUAUGAUUGCAAUAUAUGCUUGGAAAUGGCCAUGGAGCCUAUCCUAACCUGCUGUGGUCAUUUGUUUUGCUGGCCAUGCUUUUAUCACUUGCCUUAUGAGCAUAGUAAUGUAAAGGAAUGCCCUGUUUGUGCAGGAGAAGUGGUGGAGUCCGCUUUGGUUCCAAUUUAUGGUAGUGGGGAUAGCAACUAUUCUCGCAAGUCGAAGGAGUCAGGUUUGGAGUUUCCUCCUAGGCCCCGGGCCAAAAGGUCUGAGAGCAAAAGGCAGUGUCGGAUUAAUCGAGGACUACCAUUACCACCUCGGAUCGAAGAAAGAAUUCAGCUGCUGACUAAUAUUGUUGGCAGCGUUGAAGACAGAACCAGUUCUGUGCUUAACCAAUAUGAAAAUGAGCCAUUGAGCAGCCAACAACGUGAUGCUGUGGACUUUUCAAGACAAUUAGUACAAGGGUCUGCUUCAUUCUCUUCACUUACAUCAGCAUUGGAUUCUGCUGAAAGAUUAGUUGACGACCUUGAGACAUAUGGUAAUUCUUUUCCGUGGAGAAUUACCCGUCAACAAUCUCAAAAUGUUGAUAACGCUGUUGCGUCUUCAGUUCUGGCUGAUAUUUCACAAGUUGAAAGCCAAACUUCAGAUACGGCAGCUGUAAGCAGUUCUUCAGAAAUUCCUUCUAAUAUGGCUGUUAUAAUUAAUGAUGUUCCUGCAUUUUCUGGUGGCGAAAAUCAGACAACCGAUACAGAAGAAACCAAUGCAACAGAGCUGUGGUCGUCUUCUAGGAGAGCAUCUGGCGCUCCAAGGGUUGGACGUGGAUUUAGAAGGAUAUGGUUUUCAUGAGAGCGCCUACUGGAGAAAUUUACUUAAAACUGAUGUGUGGUGGCUUUUCUCCAUCUGCUGUUAAGUCAAAGAUUUGUUAACUUUAAAUGGCACUGAUGCAGUUGUUUCUGAAUGAUUAUUACUUUCUGAAGCAAUUGUGAUUUAGUUAGGUUAAGAGAGAUGCAAUCAAUUAUGUUUGGACCUUUGAUCACAGAAAAUAUUGUCUUGUUGAAAAAACUGGUUUUCCUUAUUGAAAUGUUCUGUAAAUAUUUACUAUAGGUUUCCUUGUACAUUUUUGAGAUAAUCAAAUAAAUGCUACGCAAUUUUUAGGUAUUA